AUGAGUGAAGAAAUAGAACCUCAUAUUGCAAGGAAAUUCGAGAUUAUAUCAAAAUUGGGGAAGGGUGCUUAUGGCAUAGUGUGGAAAGCAGUGGAUAAAAAAUUGAAAUAGGUCGUUGCGCUAAAAAAAGUUUUUGAUGCCUUUCAUAAUGCCACUGAUGCUUAAAGGACAUUUAGGGAGGUGAUGUUUUUGUAGGAAUUAAAUGGCCAUGAAAAUAUAGUGAGAUUGCUGAACAUCAUAAAGGCUGAGAAUAAUAAGGAUCUUUACCUGGUAUUUGAUUAUAUGGAAACCGAUCUUCAUGCAGUUAUUCGAGCUAAUAUAUUGGAAGAGAUUCACAAGAAAUAUAUAGUUUACUAAACUCUGAAGGCAUUAAAAUUCAUCCAUUCUGGAGAAUUAAUCCACAGAGAUUUAAAACCAUCCAAUAUUUUAUUGGAUUCCGAAUGUUUAAUAAAAGUAGCCGAUUUCGGAUUAGCCAGAAGCUUAGCUCAAGCAGAAGAUGAUAGUUAAAUAGUGUUAACUGAGUACGUAGCAACAAGAUGGUAUAGAGCACCUGAGAUUCUGUUAGGAUCUACUAAAUACUCCAAGGCAGUUGAUAUGUGGUCAGUUGGAUGCAUUGUAGGUGAGUUGGUUGUUGGCAAAGCCAUUUUCCCAGGGACUUCAACUCUUAAUCAGAUCGAGAGGAUUAUAGAACUAUUAGGAAAACCAAGAGCAGAUGAAGUAGAAUCACUUGAUAGUCCCUUAGCAGCCAACAUUUUGGCCUCUAUAAAUGCAUCCAAGAAAAAAUAAUUCAAUACUUUUUUCCAAGGUGCUUCAGAUGAAGCUUUGGAUUUGAUUAGAAGAUUGUUGUGCUAUAAUCCAAAUUAAAGAUUGACAGCAGAACAAGCAUUGAAACAUAAAUAUGUAAGAGACUUUUCCUCACCAGACGAAGAGAUAGUCUGUUAACAUCCCUUAAGGAUUACAAUGAAUGACAAUAAGAAGUUUACAAUCAAAGAGUAUCGAGAAGCUUUGUAUGCAGAUAUUAGUUAACGAAAGAAGGAACAACGAAAGAAAUGGUAAGCCAAGUAUUUGGCAUAAUUGGGAGUUUCUCUUGAUGACAAGCAAAAUCAAGUUCAAUAGGCCCCAGAGAAAGAUGAUCAUCAAUUAGAGCAGAAACUUUCACAACCAGAUCUCAUUCAAUAACAAAUUUAUCAGCAAUAAUUGUUGUUGCAACAGUAACGGAAGGCUUAGAGACCACAAUCAGGUUAAAUGGGUGGAAGACAAUCCUCAGUUGAAAUGCCAAAAUAAUCAUAGCCAUCAUAACAAGCCACUCAAUAACCUACACAUCAUAAGAGUAGUUCUAUGAUUUAAUCGAUGCAAACUAAACAAGGAUAUUAUUAUCCUUUUAUUUAAUAAUAGAUGGCUGCACAAACUAAUAAGGUCAACAAAUCUGCUGUUCAAUCUUAACAGUAAUAACCUUAACAAAGACCAUCAACCAGCUAUUACUAAAAACCUCUGACUUAAGUCUCAACUACAUCUGUUAAGAAAUGACAAGUUUAAUAUUAUUAUUAUAUCACAAAUAACUCAAUUAAUGUUC